AUGGAAAAUGAUGGCGUUGGACGCCGUGGUCGCAUUGGUGACGGUGCUGGACGCCACGGCCGCGCUCUUCCGGGCAAGGUUAGCAAUGCUGGGCGCCGUGCUUCUGGAAGACUGAUGGUGUUGGACGACGCGGCCGCUCUCUUCCGGGCGAAGGUGCAGAUGAAUUCGGAAGAUGAACUUUGCAUCCGUGACUCACUGGUUUUAUUGACAUCUCUCGUAUUCACGUCGCUUAUUCAUCGCCGCAGUCGAAUUGCUAGUAGAUACAUAUUGGAGGUUGUUCAGCGUCAUUUCCAAUAA